AUGUCACACCAGGAUAUCCCCCAAGUAGAUCAUUUUGAUAUCAACGAGGAGUUUCUGAAAGAACUUGGUCAGGACUUUUCCUAUUUUGAUCCCUGUCCGCAUGAUUUCAUAUCCGACGACCUUGAACAGCAAUGCCAGUCGAAUUUGGCGUUUGAUUCGCUUGACGUGCCACCCUUACCGACAAUGGAGUGGUUAGACUACGGAGCACAGCGAACGGAUCAUAUGGCGCAGAUGGGAGAAGAUCUCACACUACAAACACAGCCUACUGCUGCUAAUCAUGACAUGACCAAUGAAGCCCCGAAAGCGGGAGGGGAGCUGGAAACCGUCGUUCUCAAGCUUCAGGAGAGAAUAGAACGACUCGAGAAGGAACUUGAGAAUGUCCAGAAUGAGUAA